GUCCCCAGCCCGCCCCGGCCAUGCCGGGCCCGCGGCGGGACCGCCCGGCCGUGCUGCUGCUGCUCGGGGCGCUGCUGGCCGCCGAUCUCUACUUCCACCUCUGGCCGCGGGCGCGCCGGGAGCUGGGCAGGGUCCCCCCGGGCUGCCCGUGCCCCGCGGCCCCCGCCGCGCCGCGCCCGCCGCUGCCCCGCGCCGCCCCCGCGCUGCGCCGCCUCUUCGCCCACCCGCUGUACCGCGCCGCCCCGCCGGGCCCCGCCGAGCCGCUGCUGGGCGCCCGCGAAGCCCUGCGCUACUACCGGCGGAAGGCGGCUCGAUGGAACAGGAGGCACAGGCUGUACCGGCAGGAGCUGAACCUGACCCUGCCAGCCCCUCUCCCCCUGCGUGCCGAGGCCGCCUGGCUGCAGUUCCAGCUGGGCAUCAGCCGGGACGGGCUCUACCCGCGCUCCAGCGCUGCCGUCAGCCGCCUGCUGCGGGACCUGCGCGACCUGCCCACCAUCAGCGCCGACUACAGCCAGGAUGAGAAGGCCCUGCUGGGAGCCUGUGACUGCAGCCAGGUGGUGAAGCCCAGCGGUGUGCACCUGAAGCUGGUCCUCAGGUUCCAGGAUUUUGGGAAAGCCAUGUUCAAGCCCAUGAGGCAGAAACGUGAGGAGGAGACUCCUGAGGAUUUCUUCUACUUCGUGGAUUUCCAGCGGCACAACGCGGAGAUCGCUGCCUUCCACCUGGACAGGAUCCUGGACUUCAGGAGAGUGCCACCCACCGUGGGGAGGCUGAUCAACGUCACCAAGGAGAUCCUGGAGGUCACCAAGAACGAGGUUCUGCAGAGUGUCUUCUUCGUGUCACCAGCCAGCAAUGUCUGCUUCUUCGCCAAGUGCCCGUACAUGUGCAAGACGGAGUACGCCGUGUGUGGGAGCCCCCACCUCCUGGAGGGCUCCCUCUCUGCCUUCCUGCCCUCCCUCAACCUGGCCCCACGCCUCUCCAUCCCCAACCCCUGGAUCCGCUCCUACUCCUUCGAGGGAAAAGAGGAGUAACAUUGCAACAAAUACUCCAUGCAGAUCUGAAAGAAACCUUGGGAUAAUUCAGUCAAUUCCCUGGAAUGAAGGCAAGCUGUGUCCCUCUGUGUGGCCUUUGCAGGGAACAUGGACAGGCACCACUACGAGAUGUUCACCAAGUUUGGGGACGAUGGCUUCCUCCUGCACCUGGACAACGCCAGAGGGUUUGGGCGCCAUUCCCACGAUGAACUCUCCAUCCUGGCCCCGCUCUCCCAGUGCUGUGUAAUAAAGAGAUCGACGUGGCUGCGCCUGCAGCUGCUGGCGGAGCCCGAGUACCGGCUGAGCGAGGUGAUGAGGGAAUCCCUCCUGCAGGACCCCCUGGCCCCUGUGCUCACCGAGCCCCACCUGCUGGCCCUGGACAGGCGCCUCCAGCUCGUCCUGGAUGCCGUGGGGAAAUGCAUCGACACCUUUGGAGAGGCCACGGUGGUGGCCAACGACACCGCGCAGCCCCAGAGCCCCGCAGUGCACAGAGCCAAGCUGGACACUUAGAGCCAGGAGAGCCCUGCCAGGCAAGGGGCAGCUCCAGCACGGCUCAUUUCCACCACAAACACUCACAGAGACUCAGAGAGGAAAUGUCAGAUCAAGAGUCACAGCAGGCUCCUCUGCUCAUGUUCAAUCAGAGCUCCUGUGCUCAGGCAGUGGCUGUGGCUGCAGCUGAUCUCUGCACACCUUUGGAGAUUCUCUCCCAAAUUUGCCCUAAACCAGGACAAAAUUUGGCACCCAACGUGAGGCCCCUCCAGUAAGCAAACACAGCUCUGGGGUGGAAAAGCUGUGAUCUCCGGGUCUGGAGUUGGCCCUGCCCUUGGGAGGCUGAAGGAACACCUGACUGACUUGGUUUGCUCCACCUCCACAGGGGCUUGAGAAGGACAUGGACUCGACCUGAGGGUGAGGGUUGAAUAAAGAGAUGCCAAGAGCAUUUUCCUCUUAGCCAGUCUU